AUGUUCCAUACUACACCCGUUACACCCUCAUUCACUACCACUCUAUCCGUCACUACACCCAUGAAUCAAUUACAAGCUCUCCGGGGUCAGAUCAACCUCGCCUACCGCAGGAUCUUGGAUCUCGAGCGAACUGAAGCGAACUACCUCAGAAUGUUCCAAAUCCAACUCGACGAACCCAACGGCGAGGUCUUAUUUGACGCCACUCCUUCCAACCAAGACGAUCGAAACAGACUCUAUGAUGUCCGCAAUCAAAUCUACAACGUCGCUCUUAACCACGCCCGCCUGAUCGAAUCCCUCCAAGAGAUCGACGCCACCCUGGCAGAUAAAUUACGAUUCCCAGUGGCUCAUAGCAUGCUGCAACGAUUUCAUCAGCUCCGUCGUGAGGUUCGCGUGUAUCUUGCCCAGCAAGGCGCGGCUAUGCAGACGAGCCUGGACAAUGCCAAUAAGAACCACGUGUUGAUGGCCAAGAUCACACAAUCCUUCAACUUUGCCCCAGGCCAUCAGACAGCUCCAAAGGGACGAUUUUAG